AUGGCUGGCGCCGCACUGAAUCUGCCAAAAUGGCUCAAAGACAACGCUCAUCUCUUGCAGCCUCCCAUCAACAACUACUGCGUCUACCAUCCUUCGAAUCCGGCCACGAGCGGACUGACUGUCAUGGUCGUCGGAGGACCCAAUGCGCGAACAGACUAUCACAUCAACACCACCCCAGAAUUCUUCUACCAGCACAAGGGUUCCAUGCUCCUCAAGACGAUGGAUACCUCGACAGAUCCUCACACCCCUGUCGACAUUCCGAUCCAUGAGAACUCGCUCUACUUGCUUCCGGCCAAUACUCCGCACAACCCUGUGAGGUUCGCAGAUACGGUCGGCAUUGUACUGGAACAACCGCGGCCAGAAGAUUCAGUGGAUAUAAUGAGGUGGUAUUGCAAGAAAUGUCAUCACAUCGUCCAUGAGGCGAGUUUCCACUUGACGGACCUCGGGACUCAGAUCAAGGAAGGUGUCAUUGCCUUUGAGAACGAUAUGGAUGCUAGAACGUGUAAGAACUGCGGGACGGUUGCCACUUCAAGACCGGCAGAAGGGGAGAUCCAACAACCGCCUCGGUUUCCGCCCGAGUGA